GGUGGGGGCAGGGCCACCGAAGCCAUUUUAUUAUUAUAACCGCAAGUUGCAGGUGCAGCAGUGGGUGGGUUUCUUUUUUCUUCUCCCCACUGUUGCACUUUUAAUUUUAAUGCUCAAGUUACAAUGGGGCAGUGCGGAAUUACGUCGUCCAAAACGGUCUUGGUAUUUCUCAAUCUCAUAUUUUGGGCUGCAGCAGGAAUUUUAUGCUACAUCGGAGCCUACGUGUUUAUCACAUAUGACGACUAUGACCACUUCUUUGAAGAUGUGUACACUUUGAUUCCCGCUGUCAUAAUAAUAGCCGUGGGGACUCUUCUGUUCAUCAUCGGCUUGAUUGGCUGCUGUGCAACAAUACGGGAAAGCUCCUGUGGUCUGGCAACUUUUGCUGCCAUUCUCCUGCUGGUGUUUGUAACAGAGUGUGUGGUGGUGGUGCUGGGCUACAUAUACAGGGCAAAGGUAGAAGAUGAGGUGAAUCACUCCAUCCAGAAGGUUUACAACGAGUACAACGGCACCAACACUGACGCUCCCAGCCGCGCUAUUGACUAUGUGCAGAGGCAGCUUCACUGCUGCGGCAUUCACAACUACUCUGAUUGGAGGAACACUCGCUGGUUUAAAGAAUCCAAGAACAACAGUGUCCCAGUCAGCUGCUGUCAGCCCAGCAUCAGCAACUGUACUGGCACCCUCACUCGACCAGCGGAUCUCUACCAAGAGGGUUGUGAAGCUCUUGUUGUGAAGAAGUUAAAGGAGAUCAUGAUGUACGUCAUAUGGGCUGCAUUAACUUUUGCAUCUAUACAGAUGCUGGGAAUGCUCUGUGCCUGCGUGGUGCUGUGCAGGAGGAGUCAUGACCCAGCGUAUGAGCUGCUGGUCACAACAAAUAGCUAUGCAUGAAGGAUGCAGCCAGUCAGCGAAGCACUCAGAAAAUCAAAAGGAGCGUCACCAGACAUGUCCACAGUAGAUUUCAGCUGUAGUUAUAGAAGCUCAAGCACACCUUGCACAAUUCAUGAUAAAGUAGUGAACACUGAUGACGUGGUUUGGGUGGGCGGGGGUUUCAAGGCGAAACCAGUUAUUUAUUGACAUGCAUUGUAAGUUACUGUUACUUUAAAUGUCAUUUUAUUUCCUUACAAACACUGAAAAACUUAUAAAAGACUAAGUUGGAUAUGGCUAAUUGACAUUUGUGAUGUUGAUGCUUUUUUUUUUUUUUUUUUCUCCUUCUUUUAAUUGUGGCUUCAUAUAAUUUGGGCUAAUCCCCAGUUAGGAUGAUCAGAAGCAAUUUGGAGCUUCUGUGUGAAAUUAGGAUUGGGAGUGUUGCAUGGAAUGUAUUUCCCUGUAGGCUAGUUUGCACUAUGGCCGGAGUUCUGGAGAUAUUUCAUGGUUGUUAAAAUAUAAGACCUAUGAUGAAAAGAACAUACAUACACUAUUCGUAAUACCUUGGCUUGACCAGACUUUGUGAAAAUGGAAAAACGUUUUGCCAUAGAAAGAACUGAUUCAUUGUUUUUAUCUCUGUCCUUACAUUUUUGUUUGUGGAUCACCUCUGCGUUUUGUCUUUUAAAGCCAUGUUUGGUAGAAAGAGUUCUUCAUAUUCACAAACAUUCUGGUUGUGAAUGAUGUACAUUCUGUUUUGGUGUGGAUGUUCUCCUAAUCUGGCUUCACUUUUGAGGCAUUGCCAAUAUAUAAAUUGUGAAACAACCUUUUAGUCUCCAGUGCUAUUAGUUGGUGUAUUAUCAGUGUUACCUGAAGACUUGUGUAUGUGUAGAUUCAGUUUGUUAAAGUCAGAGUAUUCGUUCUGUUUAGUUUGUUAGUUAUAAAACUGCUAUACAGAAAUAUGACCUUAUUUUAUACAUUUUUGUGAAAUUUAAUAUUUUCGAGCUGUUAAGUUGACCCCUAGAUAUUUAGCUAGUGCCUCAGAAAAAAAAAAAAGACAAAAUUGUGAAUAGACUGGAGAACAGGCAGGGGACAAAUAAAGUCAUACAUUUUAA